AUGAACACCAACUCCUCGUAUUUGAUUCGAACGUCGUUCUCGUUCCUCGCACCAAGAUGGGCGGCGGCGAAGGUCUCAGGAUCCGCCGGGGUUGCGGUCGCACCCAGGGCAUCCAGGCAAGAGACGCGGGAGCGACUGAGCCAAUUGGAAUCUCGUGUGGAGCGAAUUGAUGGCUUCUUCCAGACGCUGACUAAACAACUCCCACCACAUUCUGCGCCCUCUCCACAGACCCAACCAUUCUUACAGAGGGUCCUGCAGGACCCUGCACAAGCCGUGACUCCAGCUCAAGGAAUCGCGCCUCUGCAGUCUUUCGACCCAACUAGAUGCUUUUAUCCACCACCAGAAGUCCUUUCCCUUCUAGUGGACGUACACAUCGAGAAGAUACAUGGCCAACCACUCCCUCUUUUCGACAAAGACAAACUCUGCGUGCAGAGCCGUCACUUCCCUGAUUUCCUUCUGCAAGCCUUCUUGGCCCUCACCUUGCUUUUCGCGGAGCCUCAAUUCUACAGGAAUGCCAAGAAGCAAGCCAUUGACCUAUAUCUUCGAUCUGCGCGCCCGACGGUCAUCCAACUAGCAGCGGAAGGAACCCCGUCACUUCCUGUGUUGCAAGCACUAUGCCUGCUAACCUUGUGCGAUCUUGCUGCCGGCCGACACGCACGAGUGUGGAUGAAUGUCGGAAUUGCCGCAAGACUAGUACUUUGCUUCCCCGCAGCGGGAACGGGAUCUGCGACAGAAAAGGAUUCAUCAAUGCGCGAUGACCAAAGGCGGUGCUGCUGGAGUGUGUAUAUCCUUGAAAGGGUGUUUGCCGCCGGGCCGAGCCUCCUGGGGAGCAGCAGUUUAGACCCGCUGAGUCAGAUGGGGUACCCCGCCAGCCCUCCGCGGCCCCGCUCGCUCGUUGCCAAUGAUGACGGCUCUGUACCCAAUGCCUUUCCAACCAUUCGGGCGGCGGGGGACCUGGGCAUACAAGCGUACUGUCUGCAAGUGACGGGCCUGUGGUAUGAAGUUCUGGGGUACCUGCGAGAACGCCUGGUCAACGCGACCGACGACGACCCCUGGAUCGCUUCAUCCCGCUAUCACACGCUGGUGGCCCACUACUACGAGUUCGAGACGGGAAUCUCCCAGCGGCACCGAUAUCGGAACCUUGGCUUCCACACCAUCACCGCCAGCGAGCUCCUGCAGCACAAGGAAUACUGGACCGCGUGGCUAUAUCUGCAGGUGACUUUUCAUGCUGGUCAGGCACUCCUGCAUCACCCUCUCUUCCACAUUACCCAUAAUCGACGUGCAUCGUCCAAAUUGCCACCCCCGUCCUUCCUGCAACAGACGAUAGACCAAUCCCUGCUGCACGCCGGCUGGCCGACACGCUUGGUCCGCACAUGGGGCAAGCACGGGAUAGAAGUCAAUGAUCCCUUUCUGGGCCAGCUCGUGGCCACGGCUGCCAGUAUACACUGGAUCUUCCAGUUCGCGAGCGAGAGAACCAUCGCAGACCGGGCACGGGCGGAUUUUGAGCAAUGCCGGCGCUUUCUGACCGAUCUAAUGGCCCGAUGGCCGCAUGUUGCGGGGAUGGUGGACAAGCUGGGGUAUCUACAAAGCCUGCUGUCAACCCAGGGUACUGGAACGAGCAGCAUCCCGCCUUUCAAGUGGUCGGCUAUGUGGGACUUGUUGGACCCUCAUCCACCACACAACAGCGUUGAGAAAUGCCAUUCAGGCUUUGUGCCUGGUGGCCAACCGCUCUCCACCCAGUACCUGGUGCCGUUGCGCGAGUCAUCGCCGGACCGGUCGGCGUCCUGGCAAGACGACCCCGUGCUGCCUUCGUCGGAAUGGAACAACAGUGACCUGUUCAAUCUCCUGGAUAUCCCGUAUUUCGGGUCGGGCUUAUCGCAACCGGGGCUCGAAUGGCCAGGGGAGUUGUAA